AUGGUAUACUGCGCGGCGUUCGAUUGUAACAACGACUCGAGGUACACAACUGGUAUAUCCUACCAUUGCUUUCCGAGGGAUGAAGCUCUACGAUCACAGUGGCUGGCAAAGAUCUCACGAGCGGAUCUGAUCGUUUCGAAAAACUCCAAGCUGUGCUCAGAACAUUUUACACCUGACUGCUACGAACGAGACUUGAAAGCAGAAAUUCUUGGUUUGAAACCCAGAUCUACGCUAAAACCAGGUGCAAUACCCACGGUUUUUUCGCAUCGGAGACCAUCAAAAAGACCUCGACUUUCAUCGGAGAAACGUUCAGAAGAGAAAGUCAGAAAAGAAGUAAGUGAAUCGCGAAUUACUCUCUUGUAACUGGGUUGGGUUGUUGCAAAGCUUGGGUUGUUGCAAACUCUUGAAGCUGCUCAUCAUUUAUGCAUGAUUGAUACAAAAAAAAAAUUGAAAGGUGAAUGCAGUUUGAGGGCAAUAACAAUUUAUAUCUUAAGGGAUAUCACCCAAAUAGGUUCCAUUGAGAAACAUUAAAUUUUCACAGAAAAGUAUUUCUUCUCCUUAAGCAAAACAAUAUCCUGCCAUGGAAUUCCUUCUAGUUUCAUGUUUUUUUUUUUCUGAGUCAUCUUUGUACUUCAUCUCUCCUGAAAAUUUUUGACCAGUAGGUAAACAAAAUUAAAUUGUUUCAGAAUAAAGUGAUUAUUCUUUAAUUCUAGGAACAUUAUACCUGUCCCUUGUUAACUAGCAGGUGAACAAAAUUAGUACAAAUAGACUAUAUGUAAGUUGUGGAUAUUAUUCUUUAAAUAAUGAAUUCUUUUAACCUUCUUUACCUCUAUGUGAAUAAGAACUUAAAGAAAUUUCCCUGAAGUUGAUCAUCAAUUUGAUGUGUGGCACCUUUCCAAGAGUAUAACUAAAAAGUUAACUGAAAAAAAAAGCAAAGAAGAGAGAAUGUGCUGAUCUCUCUCUGGAUCAGAUCCAUCUCAAACCACCUUUGGUGGUGUGCCAAAACAUAUGGGGAGACAAGGAGAUGUUGAGAGAGAAGUGGAUAUCCAUUGUCUAUCACACUGCCAAUAUCCACUCCUGGGAUUUAGCUGACCUGUAUGAGGAAUGUGCCCACCAACCAAUCCCUCCAGCUAUCGCAAGAACUAAAAGGUGGCUUAGGCCUGGCUCCUCUGCUCAUAAUGCAUUGAAGGAGGUUGUAUUCGAUAAAAAUCUGUUGAAGGACAUUCAGCAACUAACACUAAGUUGUCAUACUGGCAAUUUAGAGGUGUACCAUAGUGUGCAGACCAAAUAUGCGCCCAAACGGCAGCACUUCUCUUAUAAUGGCAUGGUUGCUCGAACUCAGUUGGCAGCCCUAGACCAUAAUGCCAACACUGGUAGACAACAAGCCACUGUAUCCAGGGGUGCCAACCAAGGGGAGCUGCAAUACAAGGUAGUGUUUCCAAAAAAUACAAAAGAAUGGGUGGCGAAGCCCAUAUUUGAGAAGACAACCAAU